AUGACCUAAGUGAAAUGUAAUGACUCACCACAAUGCUUGCUUAGAAAUGAUACUUUCAAGGAAUCUAUGCCCUCAUUGCAUGAAUGCUACUAGUACACCAAAGCCUCCUGUUGCACUACAGCUCAUGAUGAAAAAAUUAAGGAUGGUCUGAUUAGUUUAGUUUCGGAUACUUGCCAUGAGAACUUUGAUGAUCUACUUCAAUACUACUGCUUCGGCUGCUAUUAAAGCUAGCCUCAGUAUACUGAUGUCAAGGCUAAAACUAUUAGGAUAUGCAAAAGUUUUGCAAAUCGUAUAUGGGGAGGCCUAGAAACUGGCGACAUUUCGAAAUAAGCCGAUGUUUUCGACAACUGUGGACUCAAUGUUGAUGAUAAAAUAGUAAUCCAAAGCAAAUAUUUCACGGACGGCACUUAGUUCUUUGCCAAAGUCAAACCUCCUUUUUUUGAAGACUAUAAGGUAAUUAUUGAUGAAAAAGAUGAAAAUUGCUAUAACUUUGGAUUGCAUAGAGUCAGUUUACAGUUAAGUUCUCUAGCCUUAAUGAUUGUCGGAUUAUUCGGUAUUUUAAAUUAUCUAUGA